AUGGCUCUAGACCAGGUACCUGAGGCCACCACCAACGCGUUCCCUGUCGAGAUCGAGUCAACCAAGACCAUCGGCGACCUCAAGAAGUUCGUCAGGAACGAGAACCCCAACGAGUUUCGCAAUCUCACUCUUUGGCAUGUCGCCCACCCCGUCAUUGCGGCCAACAGGCAUCAGCCCGUUCUCCUGAACACCAUUGAUUCUUCAACAGAGCUCGACCCGACCGACGACAUUGCUGAUGUCUUUAUCGAGGCACCACUCAAGAAGACCAUCCACAUCAUCGUCCAGCAACCCCCGCCAGGUGACCUACGUGCAGACAUCGAAAAGAUCGCAGGCAAGUUUUUCGCGUCUGGAUCACCUGACGCCACCUUUCUUGAGCGAUUUGUGCAAGGUCAUGGACAGCUUCCGCUUACUACCGGGAUCGUGCCUGGUUUGCCAAGAGUGUGGCUUCGGAGACAACCACAGGGGUAUGAUGAACGACCUAGUCUGCUCUUUUUUCAGUUACCUGACCCCUCUUCAAGCAAUGAGCCGUCGAAAGUACUCGCGUCAGACGCCAUCUUGGAUCUGAUCAGAAAAUGUGGCUCAGAGAACGUACCGAUCUUUGGGGUUUCAGGAUGUGGGAAAACCCGCAGCAUGAUAGAGCUGCUAUGUCGGCAAUGGGGAUUCUACUUCAAUGCUUCUGGGGAUGAUCUGGGGUCGGACGACAUGACCGCUCUUCAGUGGCAGGUUGGAGCUAGUCUGGAAAAGGCCCGCGAUGCGAAUAACCGUUCUGCAAGGACGAUGACAUACUUUCUGCUCCUCUCUCGGCUUUUGAUCCUCCAAUUCUGCUUGAAAGUCCAGAACAGCAACCGGUCUUUUACGAGCGCGAGAUGGACCCUUCUGCAGGCUUGUCCUCACAUGUUCACAGACGUCUUCGUGCGUUUAUUCCACAGAUUUGUCCCGCUGCUCCAGAGAUCCACCGGUGAAGAAGGAGUUCUGCUGGAUAUUGCCCGAAAGGAGUUUCAGGCUACACGGACCUGUCUUAUUGAGCAUGGAGGUGCACCCCAAUUUCUGGAUGGUACCAAACUCUUGGUGGCUCACGAUGAGGCGCAAAUCCUCGGAGAGGGAUUCAUCGGACAUUUUGAGUCAAUGAAUGGUGCCAACGAGGACCGUCCACUCCUGUCCCCAAUCCUGUAUGGUUUUCGGCACAUCGAGGGCGCCAACGAACUUACGCUUUUGACAUCCGGCACAGGACUCAGCAUCUAUACUCCCACUUGGGCGCGAAGCUCUGGAUGCGUCUCAAAGCAUGAGCUGGGUGACUUCAUCUACAUGGAGUUCCCCGGAUGGACCAAUCGGGAAUCAGUUGAUACCUACAUUGCUAACCUGAGGAACUUUUUGCAGGACGAGGAUGCGAAGCGAGCUUUGGACAUGCUCCUGCCAUCAGAGGCCAUCGACAUGAUGAUGGAAAGGCUUGUCGGUCGCUUCCGACCAAUGGUUACUGUGGUUGAGAAGAUCAUUGCGAGAGGUGAGCCAAACGGCUGGAAAGACGCGGUGGAUGAAACGGAGACGAGACUGGUGUCGUAUGACUACUGUGGGAAGCAAGGGAAUCUCUGCCAUGAGAUUGUUCGCUCGGAGAACAGGUACCUCGCGAAUCUGUCGAACUUUAAGGAGUUUCGAACACUGGAGGAGGUGCUGGGGCUACUCCUCUUUCAACGGCACAUGUUUGGAGUUGGCAGGCUGGUCCUUCGGGAAGCGAUACCAGAGUUGGUGGAACGCGCUUUCGGCCGUAUCAAGAUCAUCGAUGGGGUUGCGAGGACGGUUCUCGAUGAGCCGUUCAUGCGGGAUUCUGACUUCAUGAAGACUAUGGAAUCGUGGGUCCAACAGUCGGACAGGGCUCAAGCGCAUGGAUAUGCAUGGAAGCUCAUGAUGAUGAGCGUCCUUAUCGAGGCUUUCAAGACUCGCGCUUUCUCAGAAUGGCCACACGAACCCCCGAUUCUCUCGCAGUAUGCAAACCUCGCCGGAACUGUGGUGAUUGUCGGUCUGUAUGAGCAGGAACUUCAGCGCGGGAUCUCUCACGAGCACAUCUCAAUGGAGGAGUUCAUGGACGCCCACGUCCACAACAACUCAAUGCGAAGCGACCAAACCGUUCCUACCUUCUUCUUCCCCAAAGCCAAACCCUCUGGACCUGACAUUGUCUUUUACAUUCGGGUCCAAGCUGCGAUUAUCCCCUUCUUUGUGCAGCUAAAACUCCGCCAAGUGCUUACGAAAGCAGAUUCGAACCGUGCUGUGGAGUCCGUCUCAAAACAAAAUAUCAAGGAGCAUGUAAAGGACCUCGAUGAGUACUGUCCCGCCAAUGUCUACGUCAGCAUAAUUAUUGCGUACCCUGUCAACGUGAUAGAUUCAAUGCGUCCACGGCUUGAUAUCGACUUCGAGGCCAUCGCUGUCAGACGUGCUUUCCUGCGUUCAGGAUCAAGGAAGUACUUCCACGACAACGAUCUGCAGCAGGUGACGAUCAGGAUUGACCAGCGCAACUUUGCCAAGGUUUUUCCAAAGAGCCAUGUCGACUUCUUGGAUGGGAUUAAAACUCCGGUGCGGCGACCCGCCGUCGACAAGCAGGAACAGGACGAUCCCAAGAAGACAAAAAUAGUCUAUGGUUAG